AUGAUGUCAUCGGCGCUGUGCCAGAGACGUCAUGAGCGUCCUACUGCCGAACAUGGCGGACUUUGAUACCAUUUAUGAGUUAGAAGAAGAAGAUGAGAGAAUUGUGAGUGAAGAACAUCUCGUCAGAUACUGUCCCGACCCUGUGGUCAUGCGUGGGGCUGGUCACAUCACCGUGUUUGGACUAAGCAACAAAUUUGACACAGAGUUUCCUUCUGUUCUCACAGGAAAGGUUGCCCCAGAGGAGUUCAAGAUGAGUGUCACUCGAGUAAAUGCUUGCUUGAAGAAGAAUUUACCGGUCAAUGUGAAAUGGCUGCUCUGCGGCUGCCUGUGCUGUUGCUGUACGGUGGGCUGCAGUCUGUGGCCUGUCAUAUGUCUCAAUAAGAGAACGCGAAGAUCCAUUCAGAAAUUGUUAGAAUGGGAAAACAACAGAUUAUAUCAUAAGCUGGGGCUGCACUGGAAACUCAGCAAGAGAAAAUGUGAGAGCAACAACAUGAUGGAAUAUGUGAUUCUUCUAGAGUUCUUACCAAAGUAUCCUAUAUUCAGACCUGACUAAAGGACUUCUACUGGAUCCUCGUGGAAGGCCCU